CAGAGCGGACACCGGGCUGGACAGGCCGUUGGCCCGACCCAGCUCCGCCGGGCUCCUGAGGGAACAGGGGUCCGGGGGCAGAGGGAGCUGGGCUGGGGGCGGGAAGGACGAGCCGUUGGGCGGGAAAGGAAAGCGCGAGGGGCCGGGCGGGGAGAGGGCGGCGCGUGAGACGACAAGGGCGGGGCGAUGCCCUGAGACCUGCGCCCCCUCCCCCGCCCAGCCUCCGACAGGCAGCAACAUCACGUCAUCCCAUCCGCUCAGAGCUCACGCGCAGCAUUGCGGUUUCUCUCGUCCCCCGCCCCCUCAGCAACAGCUGGGGGCCCUGCCCACAAUGCCGUGCGGCGCCGCCCGCUCCGCUCCGCUCCGUCAUGGAGGCAGCGGCAGCCGCCGCCGCAGCUGGAACAGCUGGAGCAGCCCCGGCGAUGGCCGCCUCCCCCCGGGCGCGCUGAGCCCCCCCGCACCCCUGGGGCUCCAGCAUGAGCGGAGGCGGCUCCUCGGCACCCGGCCGCUUCGCCGACUACUUCGUGAUCUGCGGGCUGGACACCGAGACCGGGCUGGAGCCGGACGAGCUCUCGGCACUAUGCCAGUAUAUACAGGCCUCUAAAACCCGAGAUGGUGCCGGCUGUUUCAUUGCAAGUGCAAUAGAAGGGGAAAAUUUUGAACAGACUCCAUUAAGACGCACAUUUAAGUCCAAAGUUCUUGCUCGUUAUCCUGAGACUGUAGAAUGGAAUCCUUUUGACCAGGAUGCAGUGGGAAUGUUGUGUAUGCCUAAAGGGCUUGCUUUCAAGACCCAAUCUGAUUCCAGAGACCCUCAGUUCCAUUCGUUUAUAAUCACCCGUGAAGAUGGCUCACGGACAUUUGGGUUUUCUCUCACAUUUUAUGAGGAAGUUACGAGCAAGCAAAUCUGUAGUGCAAUGCAGACAUUAUAUCAUAUGCACAAUGCUGAAUAUGACAUUCUGCAUAUUCCACCCACAAAUGACAAAGAUAGCUGUAGCAGCAUAGAAGACUGUAAUGUAACUUCUGUAUCAAAGCUACAGCGUUUUAACUCCUAUGAUAUUAGCAGAGACACACUGUAUGUCUCUAAGUGCAUUUGUCUUAUUACCCCAAUGUCUUUCAUGAAGGCUUGUAAGAAAGUACUUGAGCAACUUCACCAAGCUGUAACUUCUCCUCAACCGCCACCGUUACCUUUGGAAAGUUACAUCUACAAUAUUCUCUAUGAGGUUCCUCUUCCUCCAGCAGGGAGAUCCUUAAAAUUUUCAGGUGUUUAUGGACCAAUUAUCUGCCAGAGACCAAGCACCAGUGAACUGCCAUUAUUUGACUUCCCAGUUAAAGAAGUUUUUGAAUUACUUGGAGUGGAAAAUGUGGUUCAGCUCUUUACUUGUGCUCUUCUGGAAUUCCAGAUACUGCUUUAUUCACAGCAUUACCAGAGAUUGAUGACUGUGGCAGAGACCAUCACAGCUCUAAUGUUUCCAUUCCAAUGGCAGCACGUAUAUGUUCCCAUCCUGCCAGCCUCUCUCCUUCAUUUCCUCGAUGCCCCUGUCCCUUAUUUGAUGGGCUUGCACUCCAAUGGACUGGAUGACAGGUCUAAGCUGGAACUGCCUCAAGAGGCUAACCUGUGUUUUGUGGACGUAGACAACCAUUUCAUUGAGCUUCCAGAGGAUUUGCCCCAAUUCCCGAAUAAACUCGAAUUUAUUCAAGAAAUCUCUGAGAUCCUAAUGGCGUUUGGAAUUCCACCUGAGGGAAACCUGCACUGUAGUGAAAGCGCCUCGAAGAUGAAAAACCUUCGAGCAUGUGACAUAGUUUCUGAUAAAAGAAAUGGAAACAUAGCAGGAUCACCUUUAAAUUCAUACGAACUGCUAAAAGAAAAUGAGACCAUAGCAAGGCUUCAAGCACUUGUUAAAAGAACAGGUGUGAGCCUAGAAAAGCUGGAAGUGCGAGAGGAGACCAGUAGCAACAAGGAUCUCAAAGUUCAGUGCGACGAAGAAGAGUUCCGGGUUUAUCAGCUGAACAUUCAAAUUCGAGAAGCUUUUGCCAACCGUUUUACGCAGAUGUUCGCAGACUAUGAAGUAUUUGUCAUUCAGCCAAGUCAGGACAAGGAGUCUUGGUUUACCAACAGGGAGCAGAUGCAGAACUUUGAUAAAGCAUCUUUCUUGUCGGACCAGCCUGAACCUUACUUGCCUUUUCUCUCAAGAUUUCUGGAGACACAGAUGUUUGCGUCUUUUAUCGACAAUAAGAUUAUGUGCCAUGACGAAGAUGACAAAGACCCAAUUUUGAGAGUAUUUGAUUCUAGAGUAGAUAAAAUUAGACUGUUAAAUGUUAGGACACCAACUCUACGCACAUCUAUGUAUCAAAAGUGCACUACCAUUGAUGAGGCAGAGAAAGCUAUUGAAUUAAGGCUUGUAAAAAUAGAUCACACUGCAAUCCACCCACACUUAUUAGAUAUGAAGAUUGGACAAGGGAAGUAUGAACUUGGGUUUUUCCCCAAGCUUCAGUCUGACGUACUCUCCAUAGGACCAGCAAGCAACAAAUGGACAAAGAGAAAUGCACCUGCGCAGUGGAGGCGGAAAGACAGACAAAAACAACACACAGAGCACCUGCGUCUUGACAAUGAUCAGAGAGAGAAGUAUAUCCAAGAAGCCAGGAAUCUGGGCAGCACCAUUCGUCAGCCUAAGUUGUCUAACCUCUCUCCAUCGGUAAUUGCACAAACAAACUGGAAAUUUGUUGAAGGCUUACUGAAGGAAUGCCGAAAUAAGACCAAGAGGAUGCUGGUUGAAAAAAUGGGUCGAGAAGCUGUGGAAUUAGGUCAUGGUGAGGUGAACAUCACAGGUGUAGAAGAGAAUACAUUAAUAGCCAGUCUUUGUGAUCUCUUAGAAAGGAUAUGGAGUCAUGGUCUACAGGUCAAACAGGAUAGAAGCUGUACUACUUUCAUCCUAGAAGACAGAGCAUCAGUAUACUCUGCUUCAACUCAGAUUUGGGCCUUUCAGACAACCAGGCGGCCAACCCCACAUAAGGGAAAAUCUGCUUUGUGGUCUCACUUAUUACAUUACCAAGAAAAUAGGCAGCGAAAGCCCACAUCAGGUAGCUUCAGUACCUCAGGAGUACUUCUCGAUUCAGAAAGGAGGAAGUCGGAUGCCAGCCCAGCCAUGUCGCCCCUGAGGAUCUCUCUCAUUCAGGAUAUGAGGCAUAUCCAGAAUAUUGGUGAGAUCAAAACAGACGUUGGCAAGGCGAGGGCCUGGGUUCGACUGUCCAUGGAAAAGAAGUUACUCUCCAGACAUUUAAAGCAGCUUCUUUCAGAUAUUGAACUUACAAAAAAACUGUACAAGCGUUAUGCCUUUCUCCGCUGUGAUGAUGAGAAAGAACAGUUCCUCUAUCAUCUCCUGUCAUUUAAUGCUGUCGAUUACUUUUGUUUUACCAAUGUUUUCACAACAAUCUUGAUACCAUACCAUAUAUUGAUUGUUCCUAGCAAGAAACUUGGUGGCUCAAUGUUCACUGCCAACCCUUGGAUCUGUAUCUCAGGAGAGUUGGGUGAAACAGGAGUCCUACAGAUUCCCAGGAAUAUAUUGGAGAUGACAUUUGAGUGCCAGAACCUGGGAAAACUCACCACAGUACAAAUAGGACAUGAUAAUUCAGGGCUGUAUGCCAAGUGGCUAGUGGAAUACGUUAUGGUCAGAAACGAAAUAACAGGGCAUACUUACAAAUUUCCAUGUGGGAGGUGGCUUGGAAAGGGGAUGGAUGACGGCAGUUUAGAGAGGAUCCUGGUGGGAGAGUUACUAACUUCACAUACCGAGGCAGAUGAAAGGCAGUGCAGGACCCCACCACUGCAGCAGUCACCAAGUAUGAUCAGAAGAUUUGUCACGAUAUCACCAAAUAACAAACCAAAGUUAAACACAGGUCAGAUACAGGAAGCUAUUGGUGAAGCAGUGAAUGGCAUUGUCAAGCAUUUCCACAAACCGGAAAAGGAGAGAGGUAGUCUCACUCUGUUGCUGUGUGGAGAAAGUGGACUCGUUUCAGCUCUUGAGCAGGUGUUUCAGCAUGGAUUUAAAUCACCCAGGCUCUUCAAAAAUGUCUUUAUUUGGGACUUUCUAGAAAAAGCACAAACCUAUUAUGAGACCCUUGAUCAGAACGAAAUAGUCCCAGAGGAGAACUGGCAGACUAGAGCCAGGAGUUUUUGUCACUUUGUCACUGCUAUCAACAACACUCCUAGAAACAUUGGGAAGGAUGGCAAGUUUCAGAUGCUGGUGUGCCUUGGAGCCAGAGACCACCUCUUACACCAUUGGAUCGCCUUGCUUGCAGACUGUCCAAUUACAGCACAGAUGUACGAGGAUAUAGCAUUGAUUAAGGAUCAUACCCUUGUUAAUUCCUUGAUUCGAGUGUUGCAGACCUUGCAGGAGUUCAACAUUACACUGGAGGCUUCCCUCGUCAAAGGAAUAGACAUCUGAUGUGUCUCACCGCAGACACUUAAAAAAAAAAAAAAAAAAAAGCAACAAGGAACAAAUCUUAGUAUGCAAAGGUUCUUUCUGCUAAUGCAUUGUAUUGUGAACUUGUUCAUGGCCACAAAACACAACUUUGGCUUUUCUUGAAGGAAUCUCAAAAAAUAGUGCAGAAAAAUGGACAGAAGCUGUAAACUCAAUGUUAAAAGGGGAAAAAAAGGAGGAUUUUUGGUAUAAAUCUAUUUUAGAGUUUAUUUGCUGAUUUGCUUUUUUUACACACUUUCAUGUGAAAGAGAGAGAGAUGACUAUUUGUGCAGCUUAUUUUAAAGCUGCAGUAUUUCCUUGCCGUAGAUAACGUGCAGUGAGCCUUUCAGCAUUCUCUGAAUUUGCCUUCAGAUGUGCUGUAUGUUGUAAGCCCUAAUGUACACACUCCAUUUCUGCUAAGAAAGGUCAUUCUAGAGUUUUUAAACUAAUAUUUUAUAUAUUAACAUUAUUACCAAUGUUUGAUUUUUCUUUAAACUAAAUUGGGUCACUGCUGUGCUGCCAGAGAAACGACAAAUUCUGGUGUGAGCUUUUUUUAAUAGCCUCAGGGCACUGAUUUGUCAGCAACUCACUUUUCUUUAUUUCUUUUGUCAGUAUUACUUUUAGUGGGUUCCAGGAGACAGAACCAUGCAAAUGGACAGAGAUGAAAGUAAUAUUUUUCAUAUUGGUACAUAAUUGCACAGAAGAAAUUGUAAGUGUGUUGUAUUUUUAACUGAUAUUUUUAUUUAUUUAACCUAUCAUUGUGUUUUUGUAAGAUUUUGUUUUUUUUAAAAAACCUUAUACAACAUAACUGGCUGUUAUGUUUGCAAUUCAAAAUUCACAGUUCAGUCCACUUAAAUAAAAAGCCUGGAUAAGAGAGUGUAUCUUCCAGCAAAAAUGUUUGUGUGCACCAGCCUUUCAAAUUAGAAUUUAUCUUGGUGUGGAACACCCUUAAAUUGUUAACAGGUAAAAAAAAUAAUUCCCUAACCCCAUGUGCUUUGAUUUAUAUUCUAAUGCAAAGGGGACAGUAGCUAAGUAGAGGUCAGUGCCACAGUGAAGUAAUGAUGCCACUCAUAAACCUAAUUCCAUGUUUCUAUUUCAAAUAACUUUCUGUGGUGAUCUCACCUGACAAGCACAGACUGCACAUAGGAUUUACUGUUGCAAUAUCAAACUCUCUUAUGUGCUAACUUUGCAAGCUGCUGGAUUCUGGGAUGCUUGUGUAUCUUAAGUAAAAAGGCUUUAGCCCACGCUCAUAAAUUACAACGUUCAGAUUGCUUGGAUUUUGUUGAAAUACAGAUCUUGGGAUUUGGUGAGUGCAUAGAGGCAGCUCUGUUCCUUUUAAUUCUCUAAUAAAAUCCCUUUGAAAUGCAGACCUGAUUUGAGAGAGAAACCUGGUCAGCAUAAUGAAUUGCUGUUCAGUACUUCUGGGCUCUGUAAUUAAGUGGCCUCCACUGUAUAAACUUCCCAGCAAUAUCUCCCUGACUAUAAGGAACAGAAGGUUGUUCUUGGUUGUCAAUCUGUAGAAUAUUGUGGCACCUUUUCUUUAUUCUCUUCAUUUUAGUGACAUCUUGUGAUAGCUUUAUUUCCGUAAUUUAAAGGUAUAGCACAUGUAUUAAAUUUUUGACUAUUUUUACUUUUGUCCUAUUUAUUUCAUUAUUAAAUGGAGAAGUUUCUUUGUCA